GUAACAGUUUGAUACGUAUUUCUGCAUGCUGUAAGCAAAAAAGCAGUGCGGCGCCGGCUACUGUUUAUAUUUAAAUUGCGGCAGGUCUGACAGGUCAGGCGGAGGUGUACCGUACAGAGUGUUUGCUCGCCGACCGCCUGGAUGGCGGCUUUGGGUUAUUGACAAGUCCUUGGUAAUUUUAGUGCCGUCUUCUCUCGAGUUUUGUUGUAGACUUUACGACUUUCAGGGAUUGGAUAUUUCACAAAAUUCUGUCGAAUCCUAAACCUUAACCACAAGAUAUCCAACUUCACCAAGGAGUGUUGUCGUAAAAAAGGUGAGAGUGACAGACAGCAAUUUCCUGAUCAUUUUAUGUCUUGAGGAACAGAAUAACGUAGUCAAGGUGUUGUGCCGAUGAUUUCUGCCGGAGUGGAGGGAAGACUGCCCUACAUGACCUACCCAGAGCCUUGGAGAGGCCCCCCGAAACAGCCACCUGAGCUGUUUCUUAGGCCCGCUCCAAAGCCUCUACCAACCACCAGAUACUUCGAUUCAAAAGCAACAGACGUUCCAACAGUAUUUCUACAUUGCAGCAGAUACAAUGGUGUAAACACCACCACAUACCCCAACGGCACUAGGCUGGCCCCUCCAACACGUCCCAUCAGCAAGUACCCAUCGCCUCCAUCGAUAACAAAUCCCGUAAAUCUCGCGCAAACCAAGGAAGACGUAACGGAAGACAUCCCACAUUUCAGUCCCUACCGAAUGUUUCCACCACACGCACCUCAGUUCACGCACUUCCCGUACCCCUUGUGCCAACAGCCGUACAUGAUGAGAGCCACAAACUUCCCCCCGACACCCCUAUCCCCCUUGGAAACCUUCUCGCCGUCGACGCCAACCGCGAGCAGUACGUCGACCUUCCUCUCCCCACCAAGCACCUUUAGUCCUCCCUCCGCUGUAAAACCAGGACAGAGCAUACUGAGGGACAAAAGGACACCGCCCCAAUCCUCACAGUCCUCACCCCUCCCUCCCUUACCUCCCUUACCUCAGACCCAAGCCGCUGCGUUCAAAGUCCCUUCUGGAAAGGAAGGUUCCUUGAAACACCGAAUCCUCAUCAGGCCUGAGGAGAACGUGAGGAGCGGGCCACUAGACUUACAAAAACCCCCGGAGGGCAGGAAGAGACUCCAAGCCACUUUGUCUCCUCCGAGAUCGCCGAAAAGGACGUUGAACAACAACACUCUAACGGGUAACUUUGCCAAAGGAUCUCUCAUUCAGUUGCAUAACGGAGAAUUGAGGAAGAUAGAGGACAUGCGCACUGAGGAUUUCGUAAUGUCCGCAGAGAGGAGUCCCGAACUAAGACUGGCUGAAAGCACUGUGGUGAAGAUCGAAGACAACCAGCAGAUGGGGAACGCUACUAUUACGCUUACGUACAAUCAAAGACGGGCACAGGUUGAAGUCGAGUCAACACUGGAACAUCCCUACUUUGUAAUGGGUCACGGAUGGGCAUCCUGCAACCCGGACCGAACACAACAGUGUUACGGUUUGAAAGUCCACCGACUCCAAGUUGGCGACGUCCUUAUAUCCCUAACACCAAGGGAGCCAGUACCCUGUCCAUCCUCUAAAGCUGGAACAACCAUCAUGACAACAGCAACAACCACCUCAAUGACUGCAAGGCAGGUCAACACAUCGUCCAGAACUCAUAUAGUUGAACCAGCGAUCAGUCAGGCCCAACCAAUAAAUUUACACCUUACACCGCCGAAACCACCUCAGUCUAUGUCGCCCGACAGUAUAGCGGCGAGGAAGAGGCGGUGGUCAGCUCCAGAUCAAAUCUGUGAUGAAGAGGAACAGAACAAUACGAGAAGGCAUCGAGUAGAAUGAUAUAUUUUUGUACUAAGGAAGGAAGAUAAAUGUGAAUAAUUGUACGAACUUAUUAACUAAUUGAAACUUGUAGAUAUGUUGCUGUAAAAAGGUCUAAAAGUUAUCAACUGUUGCUUUUUAAAAAUUGAUAUUACCGCCUUGUUGAUGGGUUUCGGACUGUUGAUGUGUCAGGUCUUCAAGUGGAGAACUGUUUCGUACUAGAAAAACCCGAUACUGUUUCAAAAUAUCGCUGAGCAUUCUGAUACGGUAUCGCCGGAUUGUGUAUAUUUGUAUAUAUUAAAAACGUACGCGCGUUCAUCUUUCCGAACCCCAUUUAAAUUGUUUCUGUGCUGUACUCAAAUGCUAGUGCAAUGAGAGGAAAUGUUGGAAUGUAGAUUAGAUUUAUUUUUCAUGACAAUAUCGAUAGGGCAAGAUGCAUUAAAAACGAUAGUAAAUGUGCUAAUUUCAAGAGAACUGGAGUAUUAUAAAGAGUGAUAUAAUUAUUAACAUGAACAAUUUAUUUAGUGAUGGUUUUGUUAUAUGUUUUUAGGGGAGUACGGUGGAUAAUUAUACCACCAAUCGAUCUCAAAGAGAGUCGUGUGAUAUAGGACUGCUUUUAAUGUUCACAAAGAUCUGUAUUUUAUUUACCUAUCAAUUUUUCAUAUAUUAAUGCACGAACUGAUCGAGAACCACUUGCAUCAAAGUGCUAUUCUGGAGACCUAACCUCAAUAUUUGUCGCAUAUUGCUACUCAGAAUAAAACAGAAGCAAAAGUCUAUUCCGAAACAUUCAUAAAUAAAUAAUUACGUUUACCUUCUAUCUUCAAACUAGUAGCCAAGUCAUAUAGUUAUUUAAAAUUUAGACUCGAAAUUCAGAUGAAACCAGAAAUUCUAAAAUAUUAUCGAUAAAAGAAUAACAAUAAUGGUAGACACUUCUUUCUCAUGUCUUUGCAGAACCAGUUAGGAAUGAAAGUAAGAAAUAUGAGCAAAUUUUGAGAUUAUGUUCUUACAUUCCUUAAAUUUUUAUGAAUAAAUAUUGAAGCUCUAAGUUUGAUGCAAGUGUUCUUAAAAAUUUAUUAGAGAUAGUUUGUUACUUAUAUUGUAAAUCCUUAAUAGAGUAUUGGAAACGGUCAUCUUGGAACUAAGGUGAUUGUAACUACUUUGCUUUUUAAUGUUGUUUAUAUUAUUUUUCCAUGUGAAUUCUUGGCUGUGAUACAGUAAAGUAUGUGGAAUGUAGACACUUCCCUCCAUGUCUUUAAUUAUAAAGAUCCUAAGUGAAAACUUCUGCAUAAACAUGAAAUACCUCACUCUGUGCUUUUCGUUAUUAUUCAUAUAAGAGGAUAAGGUUAUCACCUCAGUACUACAAAAUAAUUACAAAAAUAUUGAUAUUUAGAUGUUUCAGUUACUCUAAAUGUUUUUAAAGAAGUAGAUUUGCCUGAACAAGUUCAGAAAAAGCUUCAUUGCAGAAUGUCUGAAUUAAACGAAGGUUUAUAUUGAAAUUUGCAAAAACGUCCUUUAAUAAAAAAUUAAAAAUCUCUUCAUACUGAACUCAAUCAGGAAUAAAUUUAUUUUCAAAUUUGUAAAAUGUUAAAUAUGUUUAGACAUUCUGUGAUAAAAAAAUAACUAAAUAUUUCAAAUUGUCAGUAUUGUGUAAUAAUUUGGAUAACUCUGUCUGCAAAAUAUAUUAAUGGAUACGACAGUUGUAUUUAAGAUUUUUGCAUAGUGAAGACGGUUUUGCAGGUUAAAUUGCUUAGAAAUACUAAUUUAAUCUUCAGAAGCAUCGUAAUAAACAACUGAAUUCCAAAAGUUUUAAAUUUAUAACAAUGCCAGAUGGGUAUAAAAUGAUGAAAAAUGAGUAGACAAUGAUUUUCGAAGUGCCUUUGUAAGAAGUGUGACAGGCUUCACCUUCCAGAAUGUUAUUUAUCUAUUACAUAGAGGAUCUAUGAAUCAAAAUGCUAAUUAACAGAUUUAUGUACAGAUAUAUAUUAUUUUACAGAUACAUGUAUGGUGUGCCAUGUUGUUGAAAGUGUAAAGCCAGAUGGCAGUACAGUCAAAACCAAUAAAAUAUAUAUGUACUAAUUAUUA